GCCUAAUUAUCACUGUAGAUUGGUCAAUUGGGGACUAGAAGCUUGCGAUUUUCAUGGUUGCCUCCGCUAUGAGCAAAAUGUCUAGUCAAAAGUGUAGUUAAUCGUACAGUACCUGCAGCCUCUAUUUAGUUCUCGAACUUGGGCCGACACGGCGCAGCUUCGGGAGCGGGGGCUUGUCCGAACGUCAGACAGCUGAAAGAGCACCACCUCCUCCACGAAAUCGUCCCGACGCGCUUUCGACAAUAGCACCUAGGAAACGCGCUAAACUAUAGUUGAGUCUUUACCGUCUGCGCGAUCGCAUUCGAGAUCUUCCGUCAAUUUCUAUAUACUCUGUUACUUCCGUGGCACGCCAUCCGACGUCCGUCGCGUCGCAUCCUCGGAGCACACCAAGCAGCUCUCCCCGAGACCUGCCCGACUACGAUUCAGCCCAACGUCCUCUUGCGCGCAACGCAUUUGAAUCAUCAUGGAGCAGGCGCCCCAAGGAAGUGGCCAGCAGCAAGGCAGACAGCAGCAGCAACAGCCUGUUUACGACAUUAGGAAUGGUGGACACUACGGUGCUAGCGCAGCGCUUUCUGCACAAGGUUAUGCUCCAGUCGCCGAGCUGUAUACCGGAACCUGGGCCAAUGUGAAUCAAGGUCUGCAGGGCACAGCUCGCGAUAUCUUGACGACCUACUGGCAACAUGUCAUCAACCAUCUGGAGACAGACAAUCACGACUACAAGAUCCACCAGUUGCCUCUUGCUCGAAUCAAGAAGGUGAUGAAGGCCGACCCGGAGGUCAAGAUGAUUUCCGCCGAGGCCCCCAUCUUGUUUGCCAAGGGCUGUGACAUCUUCAUCACCGAAUUGACCAUGCGGGCCUGGAUCCACGCCGAAGAUAACAAGCGGCGUACUCUCCAGCGAUCCGACAUCGCCGCUGCUCUCUCCAAGUCGGACAUGUUCGACUUUUUGAUUGACAUCGUUCCCCGUGAGGAGGCCACCUCGCACGCGAAGCGCUCUAGCCAGGCUGGCGCCACGGCCCCUGGUCCGACUGCAGCUCCGGGCCAGAUGCCUCCUGCCCAACAUGGUGUCCAGCCACACAUGGGCCCGGCCGACUACGGUUCUCUGGGUCAGCAUGGUAUGGCGCAAGAGCAGGAGUACCGCCAACAACAGGCCAUGUACCCUGGUGCGGUUCAGCAGGACCCGACGGCUGCAUACGGCCAGCCACAGCCUCAGAUGUUCGAAGGGAUGUAUGCCUACCCUCACAUGCCCCCUCAACAGUGAGCCACUAAAAUUGGGCGCAUUUGGUUAUUCAAUAUCUUGACUCAAUAGUUAUGCGUGUGUCUUUUUCGGCGAAUACUGGCCUUUUUGGUUGUCUGUGCUUGUUCAUGUUUCGUCGGCUUUGUUUUCUUGGACAAUUUGUUUUUUUCUCUCUUCUAGUUUCUGGCAGAUGAGGGCGAAUUUAAAUCCCUCCGGUCGGAAGCGGGAAAGAAGACGUGUUUCCCUUCUGGAAUCGCAACUGGAGUUGAUCUUGUUCAUUAUAUCUAUCUUCUAAUCGGACACGAUUAUAUAGAGUGCCAAGUUAAUUGUCUCGGCCCGCAAAGUAGAACUCUCCCAACACGCUAAAGCGUGCUUGCCGAACUAUGAGGAUUUCUUGAACCGUGAUGAUAGAUUCACGAAUUUGUCCACCUUGGUUGGUACUUGGACUGUUCGAGUCAAC